CUGGAGUUCAUGGCUUCAAGUAUGCACCCCUUCUGCUGCACAACAUUCUUGACAAAAAACAUCGAUCAGGAACCACCACCACAAGUCGCUGUCUUGCUCGAAUGUGUCAAUAUGCAAAGACUCAUAAGUCCACCUCCGCCUCCCGAAAACCGAUCAAUUGCAAUAGCAGCACUCGAAGCUGCUGGAUGGCUCAUGAGACUUACUCCUCAAAAUGAUAUCCGGCCCACAAUGCACACCUAUGUUGUUCCAUGCCAGGACCGCUACUUGAUGGAAAUUCUAUGAGGGCAAGACGACUUCGAAACAACUUUCUCCGCCGUUCCUGGUGUAUUCCAGCUGAAUACUUGUUUCCAUAUCCAAUGCGAAAUGCACGAUUUUACUUGGACUUGCAGUCUUUACGUGCGAGUGCCGGAGGAUGUUGAAGGACCAGAGGAGACCGACGUCAAAGAAGUACAGAAGGGUGUGCAAGAGGAGGCCUGCUAAGGG